AUGGCUAAUAUAUUUCUUGAGGGAGACCCUGUCAUGAUUCGAGGAGAAGACCUAGGCCUAGGACCCAAGGAAUAUGUGGAGACCAAUUAUGAUUUCGGUGAAACCAAGGAAGAAGUGGAGGAAGUGGAGACCAUUACAGAAGUCCCCAUCGAGCCUCCUAAUUUUGAGAGGACACCGGACCACCCCGCAGCACCGGAGGCUUUAGCUGCUCGUGCAACAGAAGGCUGGGCAGAGCUAGCAGAAUAUGAGAAGGACACUGUUAAUAGGGAUAUGAGCGAGUUUGCUGACCGUGUGGCACGACACUUCAACAUUUAA